UGCCCCCGACUGCGCCCCAGCCGGCCCUGUGGAGGCCUAGAAUCCCGCAUUCCCGGCACUGGGAGUGACCCUUCCCCCCCGCGGCGGGUCACUGCCUCCCUCCGCCCGCCCGGGAGGACGGCGACCUCUCCGCCCCCUAGAAUGCCCCGCCCCGCUGUCGCCGUCGGUCCCCACCCCACCCCACCGGCACAGACACGCGCGCAGGAUUGGGCUGCAUCCGCCCGUGCCAAGCGCCCGGCUCUGGUGCGCGUCCGCCAGUUACGCAUCCUCCACACCUGUGGGACGUGUGUCCCGGAGCUGACGCCCCUGACUCGGAUGAGGCCAGGGCAGGCCAUGAUUUCUCCACUGGGCUCUCCGGCUGCCAACUUGCUGUGGCUUUUGUUCCUGGGACUGGGUGUCCUUGUGACCCCCUCGCGGGCCCAGCUGGAACUGCACGUGCCCGCCAGCUUCACCAAAGUGCAAGCUGUGGAGGGAGAAAGCGUGGUGCUCCCCGCGUGGUACACUCUGCAAGGCGGAAUGUCCUCCACCCAGCCCGGAGAGGAACCUAUCGUGAUGUGGUUCCUGGAAAAGAGAGGAGAGGACCUGAAACAGGUGUUGGCCUUCAUCAAUGGGGUUCUGACCAACCAACCUGGAGCAUCCCUGGUCUACAACAUGCCCUUCCGGAAUGUGUCCCUGCGGCUGGACCGCCUUCAAGAGCAGGACUCUGGCUUCUACCUCUGCUCCGUGAAUGUGCAGGAUAGUCGGGGCGUAAACAAGGGCCACAGCAGUAAAACCAUAGAGCUCAAUGUGCUGGUUCCUCCAGAAACUCCAUCCUGCCGCCUCCUGGGUGUGCCCCGGGUGGGGGCCAACGUGACCCUGAUGUGCCAGUCCCCAAGGAGCAAGCCUGCAGCCCAGUACCAGUGGAAGGGUCCGCCACCAUCCUCCAAGGUUUUCUUUCCACCUGUUUCAGAUGCCAACCGUGGGUCCCUGAAGCUCAGCAACCUUUCCCUGGCCAUGUCUGGAGUCUACGUCUGCACAGCCCACAACAUGGUGGGUAGUGCCCAGUGCAAUGUGACGCUGGAAGUGAGCACAGAUUCUGGGGCUGCUGUGAUUGCUGGAGCUGUGGUGGGCACGCUGUUAGGACUGGUGCUACUGGCUGGGCUGUUCCUCUUGUACCAACGCCGGGGCAAGGUACUGGAAGAGCCAGCCAAUGAUAUCAAGGAGGAUGCUGUUGCCCCACGGACCCUGACCUGGCCCAAGGGCUCAGACACCAUCUCCAAGAAUGAGACCCUUUCGUCUGUCACCUCGGCACGUGCUCUCCGGUCACCUCACAGCCCUUCCAGGGCUGGUGCUAUGACCCCCACGCCCAGUCUCUCUAGCCAAGCCCUGUCCUCACCCAGACUGCCCAGGACAGAGGAGGCGCCCUCUCAGCCUGUCUCUCCUGGCCCUGGUGGGGUUUCUUCCUCCACCCUGAGCCGCAUGGGAGCUGUGCCUGUGAUGGUACCUGCUCAGAGUCAGGCUUGGUCUCUGGUGUGAUGGCCCAGCCACUGGCUGGUUGGUGUCUCCCCUGCCCUACAGGGGUCAACCCAGGCGUGCAAGCCUAAGUCUUGGGAGGGCAGCCACACUCCAGACCUUGGGUCCUUGACCCCUACCUCUCUUUACUGUAAGGAAGCCAGGUUUCCAUAAGACCCAAGUCUAGGAGGCCACAGAAGAGGAAGUGGAGCUGUGAUGGGGGGCACCUCCACCCUCUUUCACCCUUCCCUACCCCUCCCCAUGAAUCCAGCUGAAUGCUGCCCAGAUGAGCGACC